UUACGAAUUGUAUUUGAAGUUUAAAAUAAAAUUUAAUUUCUUAAAAAUAAGAAUCUCUCGGUACUUUAUUAUAACUGAAAUAACUAAAACAGGCUGGUUAAGUGUAUCUUUAUGUUAUUAUUAUGGCUCCUAGAGAGACUUCGAAAGCUACCCCAAAGAUACAACGUUCUAUUGUAAAAAACACACGAGUGAAAGCGUCUCCAGCGACUAUUAAGAAAACGAUACCUAUUAAAAAGAACACCGAAAAGAUGCUUCAAAAAGCAGAACCAAAAGUGGAAACUCGAGUAAGAACUAACACUGUUCCUAAAGUUUUUACACCAAAGGCGAAAGAAAAUAAACCUGUAUUACCUGGAACAGCUACAAAAAGUGCUAAAAAGGCAACAUGGAAGAGACGGCCAAAGCCAGCACAUUCUGGUGUUCCUGUGCCUGAAAAAAUGAAGAAAUUGCUCGGAAAACAACUGGACGAAUUUGAUAGCAGUUUUUAAAAAAUAUCUGUUAACUGAUUCAUUGUGGCACACAUUUUUUAAAACUUUUAAUCGUGGCAGCAUACAAUUUUCUCGUGACACGUUAGCCGUGUCAUACGCCAUAGAAAGUCACAGAUUACUCAGAAACGAAGCCUAUAGGCUUGUUUUACGUGGAAAAUUAAGAUGGUUUUGUUCAGAGUAGAACCUUCUAAUGUGCA